AUGGACUCCUCCCCCCAGCCCACGUCUCCGACGCCAUCCAAGCGCAGUCGUGCUUUCAGCUCCAGCGGCAGGUCCGACAGAUCAGAAAAAACUCAUCGCUCCAGCGGCUCUGGCAAUAAAAUCUCUCUUAUCGAAACCUCUGAAGAGAAACAUAGACGCAGUCUACAAACAAAAGCCGACCCAAUGCUGGCCAUGAGUGAGGCGCAACCAAAUUUGGUUGCUUUGGAAAAGUCAAAUCUAGGUAGCCUCAGGGCCAUGCAACACAAAGAUCAGUAUGGCAACAUUAUAAGCGAGCCUGAUCUUUCUAACCCUACCCGGCCCCGAUUCGAACGUCCUUUAGACACAAUCCGCUCAUUCGAAGCUGCCAUCUAUGGACAGUAUGCUAGUCGUCCUACGUCUUAUGCACAACCAGAGGGUGGUGACUACAGCAGACGGAGCAGCUACUACAACCAAUACCCGAACGGGCAAAACCGGCAAUACAACGAUCGUGGAUAUCAUGGCGGCCGCCCAAACAAUUAUUCGCGACCGAAUAGUUAUAUGGACAAUGGAAAUGGUUACUACAACGGCGGUGGACCCUCGGAGAGCUACUACCCAUACAACCAAAACGGCGGGCGGCGACCACGUCAACAACCUCGAGGUCAUUCCGAGCAGCCUUCGUACUCAAGCCAACCCAGCGGCUAUAGUCAAAACGCAUACGGUCAAACCGGCUACUUCAAAUCAUCGGACAAUGUCACUGUUGCGACGCCCUCCGGUUCUGGCAGCACCCCUGAUCAAUGGGCCAAUUCGACCGAUCCAAGUUCGAUAAACAGUUCUCUCGACCAGUUCCAACAACAGCAGCAGCAACAGCAGCAACAGCACGAGCAAGCCAUGGCAGACAGUUACGGCUUCCAAGGCUUCGGUGCCGGGCCCAAUAUCAAUGACCAGACAUUCGUGUCCAAUUCGGCUGGAAAGCCUCCAUACGGUCAGGCUCCUCCGGCUCCCCCUGCCCAUGAUCCGAAUGCUGGCGGCCCAGUUGGUGGCCCACCAAACCCUCAACUUGUCGCCGGGCGUCGCCAUCUCCAGCGAAAAUCGCAACAGCAGAGCGUAUCGUCCGACGCAGGCGACAACGGCACGAAGCGCAAAAGCUGGUUCAAACGCACGUUUACCAAAAACUAG